AUGGAGGGAGAAGAGAGUUUGUUGGAUGCUAUAAAUGAAGAAGAAGAAUUUGAAAACAUGGAAGAUGUUGACAUGGUUGAUGCGGAAGAAGGCGAGAUUGUUGUGGAGAAUGACUUGAAUGAUGGAGGCAGAGGUAAAGAAGGGUUCGUGGAUAAGAACAAUGGACUGAAUCAACCAAACAAGAAGAAGAAGAAGAAGAAGAAAAGAAGAAACGGCCCUGUCAUUGGGAAACCCAUGGAUUUAGACAGGUUUGUUAGGGAUACUUGCAGACGCCUCAAGGAAAAGAAGUCUUACAUGGUGUACACAGCUGUUGGGUGCCUUGGAAUUGCCGCCCUAAGUGAUCUUGUCAAUGAGGUGGAAGCAGUGGAGACCUGUGGAGGUCAGGUAACUGCUGACGGAAGUAGGAAGCGAACAAGUGGAGGUGUGUUAUGGAACAUCAUCAAAGCAAGACAACCCGCAGCUUACAGAGAGAUAAUGAAGAAGACCAGAGAGUUUGAGAAGCAAUUUAGGCAUCCAAACGUGGGGCCAAAACCAGUGCCAAAUAUAGAGGGAAAUGCUUUGGCAUCUCCUGAUGAAGCUCUAGUGGGAGAGAUGUGUGUUACGCCUGUAGCUGAGCAGAGCGAAGCCAAGCCGCAAGAAGAAAGGAAAUCUGUUCAUGAGAGGAUCAGGAUACCUGUUUCAUAUGAUGACCUUUUCACAGAAGUACCUCUGGAUACUUCGCAAGCACAACACUCUUCUGCUAAAGCUCAUUUAUGA